AAACUUUCAUAAUAAGUAACGUACUUUAUAAAGGAAAAGUUGUUUUAUAUAUAAACUUUUGUGUAAUUUUAUUUUAUUUACAACCAUGGUUGACAGCAAAAUACCUAAAAUAAAUUUUGGUGCUAAAAGAACUAUACCAAGACUUGUAGCAAAUACAUCUGUACCUUUAGGACAAAAUGCUGCUAAUAAUUUAGCUACAAUUCGAAAUGUGGAAAGCCAACGAGCAGGAAUGAAUAAAGAUGAUACCAAAUUGCAAAAACAAGAAAUUAUAAGAAGUAAAUCUUUUGCUGUUGGAACAGUAGGUGUGCCAUCAAAACAAUUCAUAUCGAAACAGAAUAAAGCAUUUGUGGCUGUAAAACGACCAGCUGCUUCAGGAACAAUUUCUUCAUCAUUGGGUCCACCAGCUUCCAAGCAAGCCAAAGUUAAAAUUGCUUCUUAUGAUUAUAAAGGAAGAUAUAAUGAUUUGCUUGAUAAACAUAAUGAACUGAAAGGAAAUUAUACUGACAAAGAAAAUAGAUUCGAAAUAUUGGAAAGUCAAAAUUCACAGUUAUGUGGUGAUUUAGCUUCUCUAACAGCACAGUUAGAAGAUUAUAAAAGUAAAUAUAAUGAUCUAUUAGAUAAACACAAUGUUUUAAAACAAAAUUAUACUGACAAAGAAAAUAGAUUAGACAUAUUGGAAAGUGAAAAUUCAACAUUAUCUGCUGAUUUAGCUUCUGUAACAUCAGAACGAGAUGAUUUUAAAAAUAAAUAUAAUGAUUUAUCAGAACAGCACAAUGUUUUACAUAAAAAUUAUGUGGACCAGGAAAAUACACUGAAAACAUUAGAAACUAAAAGUUUAAUGCUUUCUAGUAGUUUAGCUACUAUUACAUCACAACAUGAAAUUUUACAACAAUCUAAUAAUAUAUUAAGCAAAGAUCAUGCUGAUUUAAAUUUGAAAUUUUCCACAGUGAGCACUGAAUAUGAUAGUUUGAAAAAUCAUUAUAAUCAGCUUGAAAAUACUCAUAAAACAAUCUGUGAACGGUUGAAUUUAACAGAAAACCAGAAAAAUGAAUUCAUUGAUAAAUGGACAAUAUCAGUAAAUGAAAAUAAACUCCUCAAAAACACUGUGGAUGAGCUUAAUAGUACCAUAGUCAAAGUUGAGAAAGCUAAUAAAGAGUUUCAAGAAUCUCUUCAACAGUCUUAUGAUCACAGAAAAGUUUUGCACAACACCAUUUUAGAGCUAAAGGGAAAUAUCAGAGUAUUUUGUCGAAUCAGGCCUACACUUCCUUUAGAAAAUGAGCAAGAACAAUGCCUUUGGAAUUAUCCCGAUGAGUAUUCACUUGAUGUUAUGAAAAGCAACUUAGACAAAUCUACAUCGGUAGCCUCUGGAAAUUCUAAGCUUGUGAAACAUGAAUUUUCAUUUGAUAAAGUGUUUCCACCAGUUUCAUCUCAAGAGGAAGUAUUCAGUGAGGUUGAAUCGCUUGUACAAUCGGCCAUAGAUGGAUACAAUGUUUGUAUUUUUGCAUAUGGACAAACAGGCAGUGGUAAAACAUAUACAAUGGAGGGCUCUGAAAUCAAUAUGGGCUUAAUUCCAAGAUGCAUCGCAUUUAUAUUUAGAAAAAUUGCUGAUCUCAAAUGCUUAGGAUGGUCCUUUAAAAUUAGCACAUCAUUUUUAGAGAUCUACAAUGAACAAAUUCAUGACCUACUUGAUCUGUCCAGCAGAGAUCUGGAUAUACGUCUUGUUAAUUCCCAAGAAAAAAAUAUUGUUUAUGUUACAAAUUUGACUGAGAUAACUGUUGAAAACCAAAGUGAAUUAACAAAUCUUUUGAAAAAAGCUCAACACAAUAGAGCAACUGCACAAACAGAUUCCAAUGAAAGAUCUUCAAGAUCUCAUUCUGUUUCAAAGAUCAUUAUAUCAUCAUCGAAUGCAGUAAACGGUCAAAGCUUCACUGGUGUUCUCAAUUUGGUUGAUCUAGCAGGAUCAGAGAGUCCAAAGACUUCAGUAAGAAUGGAUGAGACCAAGAACAUUAAUAAAUCUUUAGCACAACUUGGAAAGGUCAUAUUAUCACUACAACAGAAACAGGCUCAUAUACCAUAUCGAAGCUCAAAAUUGACAUACUUGCUCAUGCCAUCACUGGGUGGCAAUUCGAAAACAUUGAUGUUUGUGAAUGUAAAUCCUUUAUCUGCCAAUUAUUCGGAAUCCAUAAAUUCAUUAAGGUUUGCAUCACAAGUAAAUCAAGUGAAAACAUUGAAGGCAAAU